AUGCGUACAAUCCAGUGCUACAACUGUAAAGCUUUUGGUCACAUUUCUCAGGAUUGUCAUAAGAAAUACUGUAACUAUUGCAAGAAGCAAGGUCAUCACAUCUAUGUUUGUCCUAUUCGGCCUGAAAAGAAGCAUUCCACUGCCUAUCAUACAUCCAUGGAUGCCUCUAGUUUCACGACUUUGCCUACUGCUUCGCACGGUGUUUUGGCUCCUGCUUCUAUGUCUACUCUCACUCCUGAAAUGGUACAACAAAUUAUCAAUUCUGGUUUCUCUGCUUUUGGCCUCUCAGGAUCCGGUGUCCGGGAAGUUGAUCGCGAAGGGGCCUAA